AUGGCCGAUCGAAUAUGGGAAUCGUACCUGAUUUCCGACUGCAUAGUCCCAAAAGAGCAGAUGAAGCGGCUGGGAGAGCAUAAAUAUUCGGCAGUUGACACCUCAUGGCUUGAUGAAUUGUGUAUGAAAAAAUUCUGGGACAAAGUCGUCACAUUCUGCCCGAUGUGGGUGGCCCCAAAUUUAAUCACGCUCGUCGGGUUGAUCAUCAAUUUAUGUACAGUACUCGUUUUGUCUUUCUACUGCCCAACGGCGACGGAGUCGGCCCCAUCCUGGGUGUACUUCCAAGCCGCCCUCGGGUUGUUUUUGUAUCAGACCCUCGACGCCAUCGACGGGAAACAGGCGAGAAGAACGGGUAGUUCGUCUCCUCUUGGCGAACUUUUCGACCACGGGUGCGAUUCAGCAUCUCAGGUGUUUGUGACGCUCAACAUUUGCUACGCGAUGACGCUGGGUGCCGUCCCGAAUGGUGUCUUUGCCAUUUCGGUGGUCUCGAUCAUCAUGUUCUACGCGGCGCACUGGAGCACUUAUUGUACAGGGCAGCUUCGCUUUUCAAAAUUCGACGUCACCGAAGCCCAAUGGAUGGUGAUCUCGGUCCUCGUCUUUACUGGGAUUUUUGGAGCCGGAACCUGGUCUGCGAAUAUUAUCUUCGGACUGCAACUCCGUUACCUUGUCGUUGGCGGCUCCUUGAUAAUGUCAAUCGUACAAAUCGGAGGCUAUGCCAAGACGAUUCUUGGUGGAGGUGUUGGGAAGAAUGGGAGUACGGUUGCGGGAACCUCCGUCCUUUUCCCACUUCUGCCACUUCUGAUGGUGCUACUGCCAUUUGCUAUGAUUUACAGCAAAGCCACCACUUCCGUCUACGAUGUGCAUGUGACGCUGUUUAUUUUGUGCUUUGGAGCUGUUGGUUCCAAAACCACAAACCGGCUCGUCAUCGCCCACAUGUCAAAAAGCGAACUUCCGCUCUGGGAUUGGGCAUAUUUGGCACCAAUCGCCAUGAUUCUGAACCAGUAUUAUGACUGCCCGAUCAACGAGUAUCAUCUGCUCGUUGUGGCUACGAUCUACGUCCACAUCUCGUUGGCCAUCUUCUCUGGGCCCGAGGGCAUCUACCGGCAGAAAGCAGCAAUGACUAGAAGUAGUAGAGGAAGCCACCGAAUCAUC